AUCCUUCUCCAGCAUCAACAUGAGAGCUAUUAUGUUGCUUUGUAUGCUGCAUGCAGCUUUUGGUAUGGACGAAUUUGGCUGGGUGGAUCCUCUCUCUACUUCUGAAACAGCAUCCAAUCCGUGUUAUUUGGAUCAGCAAUCGUGUGGCUGCUGUGUGAUGCAGAAGCAAUUGAACAGGAUGGAAGAGUACUUUAACUUAAGCUAUGAAGGAAUGCACCACGUCCUGACAGAAUCAAAGAUGGCCCUCAACAAUUUCACAGACAGCCGCAGUGCCUUCUCUGUCGCUCUCAACAGCAACGCUAGAAUGGUCUGCUUUGGCCCCUUCACUGACGACAGACUCAUCCCUUUCAAAGACGUCUUCAUCAAUCUGGGUGAUAGCUACAGUACGGACACCGGUAUCUUCACCGCUCCUCGCUCUGGUGUCUACAGCCUCGCGGUCACCGUCUACAGCGACAUUGAUUCUGUUAUUAACCCCAUUGCCGCCUGUGCUAACCUGAUAGUCAACGGCCAUGCAGUGGCUGUUUUACCCGAACAUAAAGGCGAUGACCCUGAAGACAGUUCCACGGUGGUGGUGGCUGUGGGACUGAAGGCUGGGGACCAGGUGGGGGUCCUCCUGCCUGCAGGAUGUGUCAUCUGUGAUAACUUAAGCCACUUUAACACUUUCACUGGCUUCCUGCUGCAUACCACCGACUCAUAGGCUAAUUCUAACGUUUAAGGCUUUGCACUUACUUUAACUGUUUUUGAGUCUGUUAGAUAAAUGCCCGACUUGAAGGCUCUAAUCUUUUUCUGAUAUUUUUACUAUCACCAAUCCUGCCGAUGCUUUCAUAAUUUCCCUUUGAGGGAAGCCAAGUUUUUAAUCAACUUCUUUUUCUUUUUAUUUCGUUGAUGAUCUUUAAAGCUACUGAGAUGAUUUUAAGUGAAAUGUGAUAGAAAUGUGAAUUCAAAAAAUGUUGUACCUGAAACUUACCACUGAA